AUGGCAUCUCAAUACGACCCGCACAGCAUUCGCACGGCGACCGUCGCCCGCAAGACCGGCGAGACCGACAUCCAGUGCACCCUGACUCUCGAUGUCGAGGCGGGCGCGAAGCAGGUUAUCGAGGUGGACACGGGCAUUGGUUUCCUGAACCACAUGCUGCACGCCCUCGCCAAGCAUGGCAAGAUGUCUCUUCAGCUCAAGUGCAAGGGAGACCUGGAGGUGGACGACCACCACACGGCCGAGGACUGUGCGUUGGCGCUGGGCGAGGCGUUCAAGAAGGCUUUGGGCGAGCGAAGGGGCAUCAGGCGGUACGGCACUGGGUUUGCGCCGCUCGACGAGGCCCUCGCACGAGCAGUCCUCGACAUCUCCUCCCGACCGUACUUUUGCGGCGACCUUCAGCUCAAGCGGGAAAAGAUUGGCGACCUCUCGUGUGAGAUGAUUCCGCACGUAUUCCACUCGUUCGCCGAGGCAGCUGGCGUCACGCUCCAUGUCGACGUCUUGAGGGGCUUCAACGACCACCACAAGUCCGAAUCCGCCUUCAAGGCCCUCGCGCUCGCCAUCCGGGAAGCAAUCCAGCGCGACAACUCUGGCGACGUUCCCAGUACCAAGGGUGUCCUCGCCGUCUAG